UGAAUUCAGUCGUACUUGGUGUGUCGAACUUUGCGUGUAUCGGUGUCGUUUCUCCGGGUCUCUUUCGAAUUCAUUCGUUUCCCGCUCCACUGAGACUGGAGUUGUGCAUGCCAACAAUGCCAAUGGCUACAACCACGAAAAUUAGAUAUUUAACGUUUCCUGUCAAUUUUUUGGUGAUCACAGCUUGACGAGUGACGUGACUGGGCGAGAAGCAUUUUUGUCAUUCGAACCGUGACUCAGGUUGCUAGAAUUUUAGUAAGAGUGGAUUUGCGAGCCGGAUAGAUCUCUUAGAAGAAGAAAUAUGUGUCUCUCCUGAGAGGCAUCACCUGAAAAAAAAGUUAGUCAUCAGAUCCGGACGCAGAAAACUAUUUUAGGUAUUCCUCACUCCUGAAUGCGAUCAAGCCCCAAGUGGAGGCCAAGCUUGGCCAGAGCUGAAGCCAUCUUGGCCGAUUACUUCGCCGCCACGUCUGCAGUGGUGGAAGUGCCUUCUUCACCAUGGGAUGGGACGCAAUUGCCGCAGAAGCCUCGGAGUCUUCGACCACCCAAUCCACGGAGGAUAGGCCACCCCGGCCAAGGCCAACCUGUUCAGCAUCCCCAAAUAGUUUUGCUCGGCCACGACGACGACGACUUCGACAGCCACGAGGUUGCUUGUCGUCCGUGCGUUAUUUGAGUGUCCUCAGUGUUGUUCUCGGACUCUGGCUGAAAUUGGACAUGGCCUUGGCCUUUUGCCCGAGUCUGUGUCAUUGUGAUGAUGAGAAACUGAUCGUGACCUGCAUUAAAGCCGGCCUAGAUGUCAUGUCCAACAGUCUCAAUCCCGGUCUCAAAACUAUUGUCUACAAAUACAACGAUUUUCCCACCGUGGAUGUGUCCAUGAGGUUUCUCCGUCAAUUGGUGGAGGCCGACCUCAGUCACAACAAGAUAGUGACCAUCAGCAAUAAAGCGUUUUCCAGCCAGGUGAACCUGAAGCACCUUCGCCUCGAGAGCAAUAAAAUCAGUCAAGUCAACAAUCUCACCUUUUACGGACUCCGGCAAUUAGAGGUGAUUUCUCUCCGUGGGAAUAUCAUCGAGUCCUUGCCCGACGACCUCUUCGAAUACUGUCCCAAACUCAAAGAGAUUGACUUGAGCCAAAACAGGAUUGCCGACAUCCAACCCACCGCUUUUAAAGGUCUGAGCGCACUGCGCAUCCUCAAUCUGGCCGACAAUCUGCUCACGUCUGUGCCUUCGGCAGCCUUCCAAAGUCUGCCUCAUUUAGCUGAGCUUCGUCUCUCGGGGAAUCCACUGACAACCAUCGGCGAGAGCGCAUUCAUCUCCUUCCAAAGCCUCUCCAUCCUGGACCUGUCAUCCACGAGGCUGCGCUCAUUAAAGUCUGUCUCGCUUCAAGGCCUGGGCACCCUCCGCCAUUUGGAUCUGGCCGACAACAAUCUGUCUUCCAUUCCGAGCGAGGCCUUGAGCCAAGUGUCGCAUCUUGAGAGCCUGGACUUGGGCCGGAACCCUUUCCAAGUGGUACAUCCCAAUGCCCUGGGCCAUCUCCGUGGCCUUAAGAAGCUCGCCCUCUCGGGUUGUGGCCAGUUGGUCCAGAUUGCCUCCCAGGCUUUCCGUAAUUGCAUUGACUUGGAGCAUGUGACAAUUAGCCUUAAUCACCGCCUCGCCUCCUUGGCGGAUGACGCCUUUGAUCCCGCUGUGCCCAAUCUACGCUUCCUCAAUCUGGCCGGAAAUGACCUUCGCGCCUUGAGCGAGACCUUGGUCCCCUGGCACCAGCUUCGCGAAUUGGACCUCUCCAAUAACCCGUGGAACUGCAACUGUAAUAUGGCCUUUUUGCCUCGGAUCCUGGCCCAUUUUCAACACCAUCAUCUUCAACAACAACAACAGCAACAACUGCAACGACCGCAACGACAGCAACAGCAGCCAUCAUUGUCGGUCCUAGCUGAGGCAGCCGAGGACAACGAAACUCAAGACCCUACUGCUCGUGGUCGGGCCAUUUUCCGGGAUGGCAUUUGUGCCGCACCAUCCAUGUUCAAGGACACGCCCCUCUCCCGAUUGGAGACAUCCGUGGUGCGCGAGUCUCUUUACUGUGAUACCACACUCUCUUCCAUUGGGGCGGCCCAACCUCACGGGGGCGGUGUCAUGCUGAUGCCAGAUCAGUCCUCGCCCACCACGCCCCACUCAAGUCAAAAUGGCGCGGUAGCGGGUGGUGGGACUACUGUCCUGAGUGGGACAGGCCUGUCCAAAGAGGACAUGUUUCGGCGUUCCAACGCCACGGCUGUGAUAGUUUCCAUUUGCGUUGUGAGCAUUACGCUCCUCCUGGCUGUGAUCAUCCUCCUCGUGAUGAGGUGUCGAGGGGAGUGGCCUUCGUGGAUGCCUCUGUGCCUUGGGCGACGCAAGGAGCACCCGAUCAAGGCCAACCACGCCAUAUACAUCGGGACUACCAACUCCCAUCACCACCACCACCACCAGAACCAUCAUGAUCCGUACAUGCGCCAUCAUGACUACAUGCAAACGCCCUCCUAUUCCUGCGAGGACGAGCACUAUUACUACGUGGCCACCAUGCAAAACCGAAUGACAGCGGGGAAACAUAUUCCCGUGACUGAGUUGUGAAAACCCAGCCUCGUCUCCUCCUCCUCCUCCUCCUCCAACCACACUUUUUCCACAUGUGUCUCGAGUAUGUACGCAUGUGAUAUGGCGUGUCGAUUAGUCACCGUGACAUUCCCGCUCACCUAGAGGAAUACGAAAGAAGAACGUGGUCGUGUGGUGCCAAGGAUAAGGACCAGCAGAAGCAUCAACCACAACAUGGAGAUAUGAUUGGUGGGUCUCAAUUGGGUUCUGCCUAUGUUCCUCCCAUGUGAAAUAUGGCCCGAAGAGUCUGUCAGAGGGACCAGUGUGACACAUUAAGGAAGUUGCCAUUUGCAUGUGAUAUUGUCUUCUCGUUGGAACACGACCCAAUCUCGCCCACUCUCCCACAGAGAUUCAGGAGGACCAUGUUUUUUUUGUGUGUGCGGUGGAACUGUUUCCGAAAAAAAGCAAAAAGAUCCCCGCCAUUCUUUCCCUCCUUCUGGGGCUAUUCUGGUCUUCAUGCGGCUACUGGCUGGUCCGUUGGGUUGUGCACGAGUUAUGAGGGAUGUGGCCCGACUGGUUUUGUUCCUGGCACGGAUGAGUCCCUCGCAAUGAAUUGUGUGCCACGCUGAGCGAGCGCCUUCGCCAUUGUUCCAUGAUAGGCGCACAUUGAACAACCACAACUGCUGCAAAUACAAAAACGGCAACGAGGGAGUUUUCCAUUCCAUUCUCAUGCAGAUUUUACUGCCCUAGAGUUCAAAAUGAAAUAUGCUCAUCCAGUUUUAGUCAGACAAGGUUUAUUUACAUGAUAGCAAUUAUUUUUGCCAGUCUCUGAGCGCAAGGAAGAGGAGCAAAAGAGGGAAAAGUCGUAGAAAGAAAAGAAAAGGAGGAAAAGGAAAGCGCUGAUGAGGUGAAUGUUUAUCCUUCAUGACGGAUGCUGCCGAACCAGCGGUACCUGCUUUCAUUAAGAAAAAGCCCAUUAUUGAUACCGCGUUGAACUUCAUCGUUAUGAAAUUGCUGAAAAAAAAUAUUUUUCAUGUCUUUCAUUACCAAUUACAUGAUUAUGCCGCCUCACCACCGUUAAGCCCAUUGAUUAUCCACCUUGUAGCUCUCUUGCUCUCAUCAUGUUCUAUAUCCAUUAUUCCUCCUUCCGGCCUCAGGCCCAUAAAUUGUAUAUGCAUUCAACAGAAAUAAAUUGACCCUAUUACCAGUUAAAA